ACCUUAAAAACAAUCAGGGCUAGUCAUCUCUCUUGUAGCUUAUCAAGACUAGAUUUGAACUGAAGAUGAUGCCUAAAGAGGCUCAUAAGUUAUUUCUGAUGGUUGCUAAUUAACUUGGCUUAAUGCGCUAUAAUUUUAUCUGUAAAACAAUUCAAUAUCAUACUCGUCCUUUUUCCUAUCUAUGAACUAAGUAAGAGACAUCUCUUAUAAUUCUGGCUGAUUUUUACAGUUACAAUAUUAGAUUUCAGGAAGUCUCAUGUUCAGUUUCUUCCUCUAUUCUAGAAUAAUGGCUACAUGUUAGUAACUAUAUAGCUGUAAAAUAAUAUGAGGAAAUCCCACUGUGAGGAAGAUUUUAUUCCCAUAAAUUUGUAAUGAAGCAAAUGUUCAUAAAAAAUUACUGAAGACUCAGUUCUUGAAUGGUCAAAAUUCACAAAUUGUUUUCAUAGUUACUCCUAUAAUCUCGAAUUUCAGGGCUUGCUUAAGAUCUGAAGGGAUUCUAAUAUGGCGCAGUAUGGCUAGACUUUAUUGACAAGAAGAAAUAGAAGAGACCUGAGGAAGCCUUACAUUUCAACAUGAUAGUCUGCAAAUUUGUACAUGUCCUACGGGAACUCUGACAGUUCAAUUAGCUUUAAAUAUCGUAUCGGUGAUGAGAAGUGCUUACUUGCUCACUUCUCAUGAAAAAUACUUUAUUAACUCAAUUAAUUAG